CAAAUUCUCAGUAGGCAGCCACUACAAUUUCGGUCCUUCCCAUCUUCUGUUCCGACUCGACUUUUCGUCAUUCUUCCAAAAUUUCAUAUUCUCUCCAAUUACUCCUUCCAUACAGAAUCCAUUUUAUUUUUCCUUUUCAAAACGCAACGUAACGCAACCGCAAUGGCCAGAAGAUCACUGCCGUUCCUCAAGGACCUUCUCUCGCGCUCCUCGCCCAGCCGGAUCACCACCCGAUCCGUCACCUACAUGCACCGCCCGGGCGACGGGACGCCGAGGCCGGUGACGCUCAUUCCGGGCGACGGAAUUGGGCCGAUGGUGACGGGCGCGGUGGAGCAGGUGAUGGAGGCCAUGCACGCGCCGGUUUACUUUGAGAAGUUCGAGGUCCACGGGAACAUGAAGUCGGUGCCGCAGGAAGUGCUGGAGUCGAUUCGGAAGAACCAGGUGUGUCUCAAGGGAGGCCUCAUCACCCCCAUGGGUGGCGGCGUCAGUUCCCUCAACGUGCAACUCAGGAAGGAGCUCGAUCUCUACGCCUCCCUCGUCAACUGCUUCAACCUCCCAGGCUUGACCACGCGCCACAAUAACGUCGACAUCGUCGUCAUCAGGGAGAACACCGAAGGCGAGUACUCCGGCCUCGAACACGAGGUCAUUCCCGGCGUCGUCGAAAGCCUUAAGGUAAUUACGAAGUUCUGUUCAGAGCGUAUUGCUAAAUAUGCAUUCGAGUAUGCUUAUCUGAACAACAGAAAGACGGUGACUGCUGUACACAAAGCAAAUAUUAUGAAGCUUGCAGAUGGUUUAUUUUUGGAAUCUUGUCGAGAGGUUGCCACAAAUUACCCUGGAAUCAAAUAUAACGAAAUUAUUGUGGAUAACUGCUGCAUGCAACUUGUUUCAAAACCUGAACAGUUUGAUGUCAUGGUUACCCCAAAUCUUUAUGGAAAUCUAAUUGCAAAUACUGCAGCAGGCAUUGCUGGAGGUACUGGAGUUAUGCCAGGAGGUAAUGUUGGAGCCGAGCACGCUGUGUUUGAGCAAGGUGCUUCAGCAGGAAAUGUUGGUAGUGAACAAAUAUUAGAGCAAAAGAUUGCGAAUCCAGUGGCACUUCUUCUCUCGUCAGCUAUGAUGCUUAGGCAUCUUCAGUUUCCAGCCUUUGCUGACCGUUUGGAAACUGCAGUGGCACAUGUCAUUCUGGAGGGAAAAUACCGAACAGAGGAUCUUGGAGGGUCAAGCACCACCCAAGAGGUUGUGGAUGCAAUCAUAGAUGCUUUAGAUUGAGAUUUCCCAAAUGAAAUCAGCCUCGUAUAUUCUUUUCUAACUAAUUUUGCCAUCAUUUUUUUGCUCCCAUCAACUGGGAAAUAGCAAUUUUUUGUCCUGAAUAAAGUUUAUGCCAUACAGAAAACGAUGUAAUUCUUUUUUUACUUCAAGAAUUUGUAGAGUGAUAA